AUGUCGACAUUCAAUCCUCCCCCAACUAACAACAAGGACAACUGCAGAGAGUGCGCCUCAACAGAAACCUGCUUCCUCUACUCCACAGGAAAACUCUGCCAACCCUUCACACCACCAGACACCUACCCCCCACCAGACACCAAUAAUACCCUUGCUAAUCCCAACCCUCCAGGAUGGUACUUUUCCAGCCAAUACCCUUCCCUUCGCUACACAGGGUCCCUAACCAACCAGACUCAAGGGGCCAAUUGCACCACCAUACCCAUCCCUGCCAACCCUCUCUUCACCAGCGUUGCUAAUGAUAUCCUUCGCAUUGACCAAGGCGGGGCACUCUUUACGACCUAUAUCGACGGGGGGUAUCCAACCUCACUUAUGCAGUACAGGGGCAACUGCGCCGAAAACUUUUACUGCCAACCUACCGCUCAAUUGCCCGACCCUACGCCAUACGGAGGUAUCAAAGCGCCCCUCAAUGCACAGGGAUCUCUGCCAGGAACGUGUCAGCCUGUCAAGGCCAUUAGUCAGCCCUGUGAAGCCUCCAGUCAGUGUCGAUUAUGGCAUAUUGCCUCCGAUGGAUCUUAUGAUAACGAUCAGAACCGUUGUCAAGGAAACUUUCCAUCUAAACAAGAACCUAAUGGAACCUUCAGAGGCACCUGUGAGAGUGUUGGAGCUGGCAAGGGCAACAUCUAUAGCGAUGGAACGUCGGGCUCGUAUCUUCAACGGUCGGCAAGAGUUUAUCUCCUAGCCAGUCUGUUCCUGAUCUGCCUGAUGUUUGUCUACAUGUGGUAUCGCCGCCAGAAGUUGAGACAACAACAGAUGCAGUACUAUGCUCAGACCGGUCUGCACCCGAGCGAGAAUCCAGCUCUUUAUAGCAGUCGAGGCGGUGUCAACCGACGACCAGAUGAAACCGAUGGAGAGCUGCCGUCGUAUGGAAUGCAUCGUAGGGACGAGCGGGUUACAGGACCAGCAGCAGAGGAGAUCGGGAUGUAUUCUUUCCGCAGCGAGCAACCUGGUGGACCACCAACGCCUGGAGCAGGACCUGUGUAUCCAUAUCCAGUUGCUCAUCCAGCUCUUACUCAUUAUCCUCCAGCACCUGCCGGCGCGCUCUAUCCUCCACCUCAGGGCCCACCACCAACAUCGUCCCCCGCCCUUACACCACAGCAGGUCGAGGCAGCUGCAAUAUCUGCCGCCGCCGCUGCUGCUCUGCCUGCACUUCCACCCGCCGCUACGUCGAAUCUUCAGGAUGGAGGGCUGUUGCCACCAUCAUACGAUGCAACUGCUGUCCCCACGUCACAACCGUCAGCAGUGUCAGCCAACACUACAGGAAACAACGGGACGAAUACAGCCUCGGCUACAGGAGCAGCAGGAGCAGAUGGGGAAAAGCCAAGUUCAUACAACCCAUUCUUGGUCUCGAAUGAGAAUUCUCCAAGAGGAUCGUUUGUUGGGGCAGAGAAGUCGGCGUUUGGAGAUGAGCAGGAUGCAGAGGAUACAACGAUCCCAGACCAGGCUUCGGCGUCUUCUGGAUCUGGAUCUGGCACUGGGCCUUUCUCGACAACGAAUGCAACCAAGCCGCCUAGUGGCAACAAGGAAACGAAACAAGGAUGA